AGUAGGAGAAGAAAUGGGUGUAGUAGUAGUAGUAUUAGUAGUAGGAGUGGUAGAAGUAGAUGUAGUAGGCAUAGGAGUAGUAGCAGUAGUAGGAGCACUAGGAGUAGUAGGAGUAAUAGUAGUAGCAGUAGUAGUAGAAUUAGUUGUAGGAGUAGUAAUAGGAGUAGUAGAAGCAGUAGUAAGAGUAGUAAUAGGAUUAGGAGCAGCAGUAGGAGGAGUGGUAGGAGUAGUAGUAGUAGUAGUUGUUGUAGUUGUAGUAGUAGGAGUUGUAGUAGGAGGAGGAGUAGUAGGAGUAGAAAAAUAAAUAAUAGGAGUAGUAGGAGUAAGAGUAGUAGGAGUAGUAGGAGGAGGCGGAGGAGGAGCAUUAGGAGUAAUAAGAGUAGUAAUUGGAGUAGUAGGAGUAGUAAUUGGAGUAGUAGGAGUAGUAAUUGGAGUAGUAGGAAUAGUAGGAGUAGUAGGAGUAGUAAUUGGAGUAGUAGGAGUAGUAGGAGUAGUAGGAGUAAUAAUUGGAGAAGUAGGAGUAGUAAUUGGAGUAGUAGGAGUAGUAAUGUAGGAGUAAUAAUUGGAGUAGUAGUAGGAGUAGUAAUAGGAGUAAUAGGAAUAGUUUUAGGAGUAAUAGGAGUACUAGGAGUAGUAGGAGUAGUAAUUGGAGUAGUAGGAGUAGUAAUUGGAGUUGUAGGAGUAGUAGGAGUAGUAAUUGGAGUAGUAGGAGUAGUAAUUGGUGUAGUAGGAGUAGUAAUUUGAGUAUUAGGAGUAGUAGGAGUAAUAAUUGGAGUAGUAGGAGUAGUAAUUGGAGUAGUUGGAGUAGUAGGAGUAGUAAUUGGAGUAUUAGGAGUAGUAGGAGUAGUAAUUGGAGUAGUAGUAGGAGUAGUAAUAGGAGUAAUAGGAAUAGUUUUAGGAGUAAUAGGAGUACUAGGAGUAGUAGGAGUAGUAAUUGGAGUAGUAGGAGUAGUAAUUGGAGUUGUAGGAGUAGUAGGAGUAGUAAUUGGAGUAGUAGGAGUAAUAAUUGGAGUAGUAGGAGUAGUAAUUGGAGUAGUAGGAGUAGUAGGAGUAGUAAUUGGAGUAGUAGUAGGAGUAGUAAUAGGAGUAAUAGGAAUAGUUUUAGGAGUAAUUGGAAUAGUUUUAGGAGUAAUUGGAGUUGUAGGAGUAGUAGGAGUAGUAAUUGGAGUAGUAGGAGUAGUAGGAGUAAUAAUUGGAGUAGUUGGAGUAGUAGGAGUAGUAAUUGGAGUAUUAGGAGUAGUAGGCGUAAUAAUUGGAAGUAGUAGGAGUAAUAAUUGGAGUAGUAGGAGUAGUAGGAGUAGUAAUUGGAGUAGUAGGAGUAGUAGGAGUAAUAAUUGGAGUAGUAGGAGUAUUAAUUGGAGUAGUAGUAGUAGUAAUUGGAGUAUUAGGAGUAGUAGGAGUAAUAAUUGGAGUAGUAGUAGUAGUAAUUGGAGUAGUAAUUGGAGUAGUAGGAGUAGUAGGAGUAAUAAUAGGAGUAAUAGUAGUAGGAGUAAUAGGAGUAAUAGUAGGAGUAGUAAUUGGAGUAGUAGGAGUAGUAGGACUACUACCACAUAAUACAUUUGGCACCUUUACACUUUGUUGCAUAUUUGCAAAACAUCUAAGCGCAUAUAAAGUGCAACUUUUUUUUGCUUGGAGAUAAGCUCACUCAUUUUCAUAAAAUAUUAUUAUUUUGCUUAUUUUUUUGCAUGGUGCUUCUUUACAUUAUUUUAAUUUUCUUUUAUUGUUUUUACGUUAUCUGCAAAUGUUUUUCAAUCGCUUUUUGGCUGUACGUUUGACCCUUCUCGCUCACCGUACAACCAUGUGGCUAUGACGCGUUGCUCUGAGUUGGAGAACUCCGAAGGCUACAAGCAGACAGUUCUGUGCGGACCGGCUACAAUGAUUCGAGAUGACGAGUGAAACUUUAAAGAAGAGAUUUGAGUUUCCCAGCUCCUUCAUUCAGUCCCAGGCUGUGAGGAGUCUGGUUACUGCUGUACUGAAGGAGAAGGGCCAAAAGGACAAGAUCUCUGAGUCCAAUACACAGAGCCCGGCUCUGGUGACGCUGUGGGAGCAGUGCAGCAGUGAGAGUGUGGUUGUGCGUUCGGCUUGCUGUGAUGCCUUGGUGCUGCUGGUGGAGCAGGGCCACGCUGACCUGCACUACGUCCUCAACAGCAUCCUCAACCUCCUGCCCUCAGCACGAAAUGUACAAGGGCUGAUAAAGGUGGUUGGGAAGCUGCUACAGAUCCAAGCGAGUCAGAGGGAUAAAAGCACAUCCUUCUCUUGUCCGUACUCGAUCAGGAGCUGCCCUCAUCCGUACAUCACAGUGCUGGAGAAUCGGCCUGAUUGCUGGGCCGCUCUUCUGCAGGAGAUUGAUGACUUCAUCCAGCUGGCUGCUGACAAAGACGAGCCGUUGUUUAUCUCCAUGCUGGCUCCGUUCCUGCGUUACCUUUACUGUGAGCCUCAGAGGCUGUCAGAGAAUGCACUGCUCAGACAUGGACUGCUCCGAGUGCUGCUGCAGCGCCGGGAGAUCACUCAGGGUCAUGGCUCAGCCUGUGCGCGGGUCACCCACCAGAUCCUGCACUGCCUUUUCAAUUUGUUCCCUCAUAUACUGGUGGACAGCAUUACAGCUGUGGUGGAGAUCAGUUCCAUGGCCGAGUCGCUAAGCUCUGCUCUGCUGGCCGAGCCUGAGUACUGGAGGACUGAGUUAGCGCAGCUAGCACUGCAGCUCAUGUGUGUCUGUCACCUCAGCCUCCAGCUGGGAGGAGAGCUGAGGUCUUUACUCCACACCUUGCACUGUCUCCUGCCUGUCUGUAAAGAGGGUCUCCCAUCUGAGCAAGUGAUCAUGGGGAUCUCGCUGCUCCUCCUCAGAGCCUCCGCCUCGCAGCAGACUGCUCUCCUGGAGCUCGCUGUAAAGCUUGUUCCACCUGAAGAGAGACCUAUCUGGGGUGCCUCAUUGCUGGUGAUGCCACUGCUGCAGGUGCUUUCCUGCUCCACUCUCAUGGAGGCAUUAACUGACUCUCAAACGCAGGCAAAGAAUCAAGGCCUGGCCACUUCACUGCUACAGACGAUUGAGAGAGAUACGAGCAGUCCGGUUCAGAACAGUACGCAGCUCAUUCUUCCUCUCAGCACAUGGUACAGUGAGCUGCAAGUGGCCACCAGUGUGUUAUGUCAAGUCUCUGCAGACCCCACGGCCGCCACGGACUGGCUCUACUCCGUUCAAUCCACUCUUCCUCUGUGUGGACGUGUCCCCGAUUCUCUUCCUCUCCUGCUCACUCACCUGAUCCUCAGCAGUGAGGGGGAUCUCUGCAGACUGGCAUUGGACACUGCAGCAUGCAUCGCCGAGGCCGAUCCCACUCAGGUCCCGUGUCUGGUGCCAGUGUUGAUGUUUAAGCUGGGUCGAGUCUCUGACCUGACUCUGUCUCAUGCUGUACUCUUCACCUUACCAAAGCUGGGAACACACACGUUCUGUAUACCACAGGUCCUGCAUGUUCUCCAGAUGAUCGCCAGCUGCUCCAAGUUGAGGGCCGUGGCUCUGCGGCUGCUUACUGCACUGUGGCAAAAACAGGAUCGUGUGUAUCCAGACUUGCAGAAGCUCAUGGCGCUGCUGGAGAAAUCCUCAGUUGUGGUGGGGAAAGAGGUUCAGUGGGAGCAGAUUCUAGCCAGAGCUGCCUGUGUGCGAGACAUCUGCAGGGAGAGGCCAUACCAACAUGGAGGAGACAUGUUGGCAGCCAUCACAGACACACUGACUCAGUGCUCCCAGAAGGACCAGGCCACUCCAGCAGCGCUGGCUCUGCAGGGUCUCCACGAGCUGUGCAGAGCUGAGGUGGUUGAUUUAGGCUCCACAUGGAGGGCGCUUUAUCCCAAGCUGGGCUGUGAGACGAGACCACUGGUGUUAAAGGCCAUAGCUGAGUUUCUCUCUCUGGUGCCCUCACUGCGUGUCAAAACAGAGCAAUAUGAGAAUUUUAAAAGUGAAGCGGUCAGUGUUCUGUGGAGCUACACUCUGAGUCAGGAUGCAGAGGUAGCUAGCAGUGGCUACAGAGCCCUGUCUGAAUUCCCAGAAUCUUCUCACUCCAUCUUGCACCUUCCUGAGCCAGCCAGACCAGAAGAGAAGCAGCCAUGUGACCAGGAUAAGGAGGAGAAGGAGAAUGAGACUGAAGAAGAUCUCACUGUUCCAGGCUCUUCAUACAUUAAGCUUGUUGAUUUCACACAACGGCCAGUUUUACCAGCACUUGAGACCUUCCUAACAGCUCUCAUAAGACAAGAGAUGAGCCAAAUGCCUCGUGGAGUGUACCAUUUAGCCCUGAGAGGUGGGAACUUGCGCUCUGACCACGGCAAAACUGUCGCUGGAGUCCCUGCCUUCAUGCUGAAAACGUAUGAGAAGAACAGGCAGCCAGGUCUGAAACCUGGUCUUGCAGCCGGUUUGCUGCUCUGUUACGACCUCCCUGUCCAGACUGACAGAGACGGACGACCAAUUAGCCGCUUCAUGGUCAGCAGAGGGCGGAGCUUCCAGCAGAUGUUAACCACCCUCAUCCAUGAGGUGAACAUCCAGCCUUCAGAGUGGCACCGCUCCCUUCUCCUGCCUCAGGCAUGGCGCGGCUUUUUGAGCCGGGCAUACCAUGGUGUCCUACAGGGGCGUAAGGCCGAGCUGGAGAUGCUGCAAAAGCAAGGGAAAGAGAGUCCUGAGGAGCUGCAGUAUAAACAGCACUGCGCCUGGCUCUGGGUCAGGGACCAGCUGACUGAUGUGGUGAAGGCUGCAGCCAAGGACAGUCCUGUGGUCCAGGGAAACUGCAUCCUUGCUCUAAGUGGUCUUGCUGUUGUCCUGAGCCGCCAUGAGAGCAGCCUUCCUGCCCAGAGCGAUGGACAAGUCGAGGUUGGUCCAGAGAUCCUACCCACUGCCCACUGGCUGUAUAUGGUGAUUGACACUCUCCUUAGCAUCGUGAGCAGCAGCAGUCGGCCCAAAGGACAAGUUUUCCCCUGGUUUGUUCAUCGUUCAUACUCGGGCGAGAACACAGCCAGUGCCAUUGCUCGGUCCUGUGCUGCAUUGGGCCUGGCAAUGCUAGUUCCUGUCCUGGUCACCUCACACAGGGACGCAGUGCCCUCUAUACAGGACACUUUACAAGCAGGCCUGCCCGGUGUGCCCACUGCAGACGACUCUCAAGCUGUGCAGUUCCACAGCGGCUUGGCAUUAGGUAUGCUGAUGGCCUGGCUUAAUGAGGAGAAAGUCAGUGACAUUGGUGGGCAGACCAUGUGGGAACUGCUGCUGAGCUCUUUGGAGCAUCUGGAAUCAUGCUGUUUCAACACCCAGCUGGAAUAUAAUUCUGGCUGUGUUCUUGGUCUUGGGCUGCUACUCAGCUCUCUCUGUAGCAGCAGUGACAUUGAGCAGCGAAUGCGUGUGUCUGUCUCUCUGGACAGACUUCUUCAGAGCUUGCAGGACAGCGGGAGCAUGGGACGCAUGCAGCAGGAGGUUUUGGCAUACUCUGUGGCAUGUGCUGGAGUGUCAGCGUUUAGUUGUGGUAUUAUUGAUGCCAGUAAAGCUGAGGAGGUGAUGAACACUCUGCGAUCCAUGACUGAGGAGAGCCAGCAGACUCCAGGCUUGGCCCUGGCUCUGGGCCUCACUGUGCAUGGGCUCUCGUCCAGCGGCCAUGGUAAAACUGAGGACCUCCACCCUCGCCUGCUGUCUGCGUGGACCAAGAUCCUGCUGGCAGAGGGCUGUCCGACUAUGCAGAGGCUGGCAGCUCUGAAUGGAGUGAUCGCUUUGGUGGGAUCUGAGACUGCUUUCCUUCAGCUCAGGAGUGAAUCAGAGCAGUCCCCUCAGCAACAGAACAGACUAAAUGAUGUCAUAAGAUCUAUCACACAGAUCAUCUCUUUCUCAGGAACAAUAGGUCUGCAGUCUAAUGGAGCAUGUCUGGUGGCUCACCUGCAUUUGGCUCACAUGUCCAGCAGCCACAGUAGAACUGCAGUGCCUCAAGACUUCAGUUAUCUCCCAGAAAAGAGUAUCCUCAGAGCAUCAGUGUUCUAUAUUACUGAAGCUGGAAGGAAAGGACCUGAGACUAUUGCUCCUGAUUUGAUAAAAGUAGUACUGGCUCCACUGGCCACAGUGGGCACUAGCUUCCAAUAUCCACCUGUUAACUGGAGCGCCAUCCUCUCGCCUCUGAUGAGACUCAACUUUGGUGAAGAAGUGCAGCAUCACUGUUUGGAGCUGGCUGCCAAUCAGGUACAGACUUCCUCCAGUGCCUCGCUGUUCCUGGGUGUGUGGCUUGCACCUCCUCUGGUCCACAGCCUCAGUCAACGCACCAGAGCACUCCUCUAUGAAAGCCUGUGUUUCUGGAUGAAGCACAUAGCGGAUGAUAAGCUGCAGGUGUAUGUGGAGAGUUUGGCUGUACAGCAGUUUAAUCCAGACCACCGAGCUCAGCGUCUUUCUCUCUGCCUCUCCAUCCUGCAUGGCCUUGCUAAGGCUAUGGCUCUACCCAACCCUGCCCAAAGCUGCUGGACUAUCCUGUGUUCCACCACUGAGAAGAUUUUUCACCUUUUACCUGAUCACAUACAGGCACAUGAGGUGAACCUCUAUGAAGGGAUCUGUUCCUGUUUGUCAGAAAUGAGCGACACAGAGAUAGACAGGAUUGUCAAAGUCACUGAGGCCAAUGUGGAGAAGACCACCUUUAUUCUGUCCUACUUAAGCUCAAAAGGCAGAAUUCCACUCCUGGGCCUCAAUGAUGUCAUCAGUACCGUUUUACAGAAGGGGAAACCAGAGCGAAUCAGCUGGCUGCUAAUGCAGUGCUUCUACCAGUCACGUUUGGCCUCUAGCCCUAACACAGGUGUGCCCAAACGAAUGGAAUGGCUUCUGGAGUUGAUGGGGCACAUCAGGAAAGUGCUGUAUGGAGCACCUACUGUACAAUAUGAUAAUGCCAAAAAGGGCAUCAGUUUCCUGCUGGAUGUUUUUGCAGCUGCAGUGGUGUCAUGGGCAGACCACCCCAUGCCUCUUCUCAUUGGCAUCCGAGCCCAGUGGUUUCCAUGGCAAAAGUCAUCCAAACACAUAGACUUGCCUCAUGACCUCUACGUGAACACUGCAUCCACUGAGGAGUCAGUUAAACAGUGUGUGCUGGCAGUGUCAUACAGCCUAAAGCACCUGUUAGCCAAAGAGCCAUGGAAGGCCCAGUCCCAGAAGUUCAUUGACUGGCUCUUCAGCCUAACCGAAGCUCCUGAGGAAUCUUUAUCGCAGAUAGCCAGAGCGGCCUUACUAGCAUUGAAGUCUACCCCAGAGUUCAAGAAGAAGACCGUGUGGACAAGAGCGUAUGGCUGGUGAUCUUCCAAAGGAGUGCUUUAUAAAAGUACCUGUAUCACACAGGAUACACAGUAUGCAUAUAUGCGUGUCCUCCACUGGAGGACCUUCAAUUAGAUUUGUCCUUGUCUACAUGUCUGUCAAAAACUGUUUGUGUUUUGUAAAAACAAAAACCAUGGACACGUUAGAGAAAUGAUCAAGAUUAAAACCUGAAACAGUAAUGUUCCAUACAGUAAAACAUCAAAGCACUUCCAUGUUUCACAUUGACCUGAAAAUUAUUAGCAUGCUUUUGGAAAGACACUGUUACAUCAGUUUGAAUGUAUUACCAUAAUAUACCAGUGCCAAACUGACAUCAUUUAGACGUUUACUAUGAAAAUGUGCAGCAUUCAGUCUUAUUUUAUUCUUAUUACGUUUCAUUUCUCUGAGUGUGUGAGAGAGAGAAUGGGUGAAUGAGAAACAGUGAAAAGUGCUUUGGAACCGCUAAGGUUAAAAAAAAAAGUGUUAUAUAAGUGCAGACCAUUUACCAUUUCAAGUGCCAUGUUGUAUAAUUGUAGGUAUGCCAUAUCCUCUUAGUCUUAAUUGCCAAAAAUAUGUGAAUGCCGAUGGGUACUUUGGAAUCAUGUCCUUUUCACUUAAAGAAAAAAGUUACAUUAUUUUGUGCAGUAA